AUGCGGAGCACCCGUGCAGUCCUCCCAGGCCUUGCCCUAAGGGAUAAGAGUCCCUGGAGCCGAACUCUUCUGGUGCUUAUGGAACAGACUAAAUCUCUGACGGUUUUCCAGCUUACAGUAGACAAGGGCCGCCUUGAGACAGCCGGGCCCGCCGCCUGCCCUUACCUGCGUGUGGCGCGGGAUGAGGCUGCGGCGCCGCCCGGAAGGGCCGGAGCGGCCGCCCGGGAGCGGGUAGAGCAGAGCGGCGGCCACGCUCUGUCCCCGCACCGUCCACCCCGAGGGCCGCCGGGAGGCCAAAGGACGGCUCCUCGCGCCGCGGCCGGUCGCGGAGUCACACUCGGAGCGCCCUUCGCGCCGCGGCCGACGCGGCGAACGCGACCCGGGAUGAGCCGCAGCCCGAGCGGCGGCUGCAGCUGCGGCGGUGGCGGGGCAGAGGGGCGGGGCCACCGGCCGGCGACCCGCUCACCCGGAAGUAGUUGUGGCGGGCGGCGGGGUAGCGGAGGCGCGCGGCCGGGAGGCUGCUGGCUGGACCGCGGAGCGCAGGGCUCGCAGCAGAGGAUGGAGCGGGUUGACAGGCAGGGCGACGCGCUCGACGCGCACCGGCUCAAGCCAGGCCUGGUCCCGAGCGUUGGUUUCCGAGCGUUUCGUAGCCGUACUUAGCCCGGUGGCCUCUAAGCGGUCGGGUGGGAGGUUUUGGAUGGAGCUAUCUUGGCAAAAGCUGGACAGUGUCCCUUUAUUUGAAAUACAUAUCUGGAAACAUCAUUAGUCCAAACAUUAAAAAUAAGCUACUAGGAGUUGUGUGAGCAAGCCAGUCAAAAUUUCAACAUGACUGGCAAAGGGGCUUCUGAGGCUCCAGCCAUAACUCGGGAGCUGUGGACAGUUGACAACUGCUGAAGAAAUGAAAGUCACUUUUCUUUGUAGAUGUGGUGGAACCCCAGUGGGUGGCCUCACACCCCUGUGCGUAUGGCCAACAACAACGAGACUCAGGGCCUGGAAAGAUGGGUCAGUGGUUAGGAACACAUACCGCUCUUUCCAAAGACCCAAGUUUGAUUCCCAGCACCCACACUGAGUGGCUAGCAACUCUCCGUAACUACAGCCCCAGAGAAAUCUUCCACUUCUGACCUCGUUGGGUACCUGUACUCACUGGUACACAAUUCACACAGAGACACACACAUAUAUACAUAACUAAAAAUAAUAAAAAUAAAGUCUAAAAAUAAUAAUUGGU